AUGGAGAGGGAGGAGGACUCCAGUGGCAAAAAAACGUUUACCAGAUGGAAAUACCAGCUGUACGUGGAGCUAUGUUUUCCCAUCAGAUCCGGUUUCCCCUGCAUCUACGCACAGCACAGGCAGCACGAUUCACAGCGCAAGCGACAGGAAACGCGCGUGCUCGCUAAUGCCCACGAGCUGGCCCCAGCUUCUGUUCAAGGAGUAAAAGCUGCUGCACGGCAUGGAUCGUCGGUGCUUAGAAGUGGAGGCAGUGCGCUGGAUGCUGUUGAGGCUGCUGUUAAGGCUUUGGAGGACAACACCGUCUUUAAUGCAGGAACAGGGGAGACCAACGACAGUGGCUCCCAAUCAGGGACAGGGGAGACCAUCGACAGUGGCUCCAACUCAGGAACAUGUGAACCCAAUGACAGUGGAUCCGUCUCAGGAGCAGGUGACACCACCGACUGUGGUUCACCAUCAGGAGCAGGAGGGACCACUGAUUGCGGUACAGCCUCGGGAGCAAGUGGGAUCACCGACUGUGGUUCCACCUCUGGAAACGAAGGGAUCACCCAUGGAGGCUCAAGUUCAGUCUCUGAGGUGGCUUGGGGUGUCGGUGGAGGGUCCCUGGUGAUUAGAGGCCUUCGCUGA